UGAUCGUAUUUCUCUCGACUUUUAUCGCGAUAAUGACCGAGAUCGGGUGCAAUAAUUGCAAGUUAUUUAUUUUUAUUUUUCAGUAGUAUAAAAUUAGCUUAAUUGAUAAAGGUAAUAGUGAAAAAAGAGUUCAAAAAUAGAGAAGUAAUAAAAGUGUGACGCAAUGGAUUUUAUUCGGUCAACUAAAUACAAAUCUGCCGAAAAUGUGCAUGCAAAAGAACCAAUAAUAUCGAUGAGAACAAUGAGCACAGAAAAUGAUAGCGCUAAUAGUGAUACAUUUAUAAUAGAUGACCAGUCCUCUGCAUAUAGUUCUAUUCCAUCAACUUCUACGUCAUCUACGGCAAUGUCACCAGAGCUACAAUUGGAAUUGUUGGAUAGUUUGGAAGAAUAUCCGACUGAUUUUUCGGUUAAAUCAUCUAAAACUCAAGAUAUUACGCAGCAAAUAAACUUAAUUGAUAAUACAGUUCAAUUGGCCAACGACACAGAACAGCAUUUACAUCAACAGGUGCUCCAUCAUUUAGGAUUAAGCUUAGCUAUAGAAGACACUACAGAUAUGGCUUAUCCAAUAUACAGUGCAAUAAUGGCUCAUGAAAAUGAUGAAAAUAUGAGAGGGGAUAACAUAUGUAGUGAUUUGUCGUUAUCAUAUGCCUCUUUGUCUUCUUCUGUUAACACAUACGUUAGCAAUCCUGUCGACGACUGUGACGAUAAUAAUGAAGAAACUGGUGAUAAUUUAAUGCGUUUUUUGAAUGAUUCAUUAGAUACACCAGAUAUAUUAAUAUCCGAAGCUCAGACAUUUCCAAAUCCAUCCACCACGUGCAAUUCUCAUAUUUCUAGCUCCGAAAAAUCACCUACAAAAAUGUUAUCAAAUGCUCAAUAUCCGUUAUUAUCCCCAUUAUCAACAUCAUCCUCUUUUAUGUCUAAUGAAUCAUAUGAAGUGACACAACCGCCGAUAAUUAUGCAAAUACAGCCGCAUGAAACCAUACAAAACUCGUCAAAUUUUCAUAUAGGAGAUGUUACAGAUUUCCCUUCUACAAAUGUCGAUUUUGUUAAUACGCUUGAUGGGGACACGCUCCUGUACACAAAAUCAGUGAAUAAUAAUAAACAAGACGACAUUUGCUUAAAGUUAGAAUACAAGUUUCAAGACCAACAGCUAGUGCAAGUACGGCCUCCUACUGUGGUGGCAAUGAAUUGUCCAACACCUAUACAUGGUACACCAUUAGUUUGCUAUGAUCAAAUAUCAAUGCAAAACAACAUUUAUAUGGACAAGUCAGAAGUGGAUUUUGCUAAUAACCAUUUAUUAUCACCACCGUCGUCGACCUACAUUGCUCCAGUUUUUAUUGAUCAUCAGCUACACAAGUCAAGAGAUAAUAACUUUAAAGAAAGUUACAUGGAAGUAAAUAAUCAGCCUGAUGAACUUUCAUUAUGUAUACGCCCCGGUGCCUUGCACAUACAGAAAGGAGAGCCAACUCAUGCGACAAUUACUACUUUCGAGAACUCGGAGGAAGCGCUGGGUCGCUAUAAUUGUAACUACGAAAACUGCAGUCGUAGCUACAGCACCAUUGGAAAUCUGCGCACGCAUUUAAAGACACACAAAGGUGAAUAUCGCUUUAAAUGCACCGAAGAUAGUUGUGGUAAGGCUUUUCUUACUUCGUACAGCUUGAAAAUUCAUAUUAGGGUACACACUAAAGUAAAACCCUAUGAAUGCGAGAUAACUGGUUGUGAAAAGGCGUUUAAUACACGUUACAGAUUACAAGCCCACUUAAGAUUGCACAAUGGUGAAACAUUCAAUUGUGAGAUAUGUCAAAAAUGUUUUACUACCCUGAGUGAUCUGAAAAAACAUAUGCGUACACAUACACAAGAGCGGCCAUAUAAAUGUCCUGAAGACACUUGUGGUAAAGCCUUCACCGCUUCACACCAUCUUAAAACCCACAUUCGCACACACACAGGCGAAAGACCUUAUCCAUGUGAGGAGGUAAGUUGCCAGAAGUCCUUCAGUACAUCACACAGCCUGAAGUCACACAAGAAAACCCAUCAAAAACAACGCAAUAGAAGGCAAAAUAGCUUGAGCAAUAACAAGGAACGCCGUUUGAAGGUGAAAAAAGAUUCUAAGCAGUUCCAAUUGGCUGAAAAUUCAGAAAUUACAUCUAUUAAAGUAGAAAGCGAUAGUAGUGGUUACAAUGAGGAGCACACAUCGAAUGGAGAAGAUGAAAGAGAGGAAAGUUCGUGCAUUCAAAGCGUUGUUGAUGAUGGCAGCUUGCCGUCAUUAAGCCCACUAAAUUUCAUCAAAUCGGAAUCGGCUGAAUAUAAUAGAGCUGAUUUGUUUGCUGUACAAAUGCCAGAAGUGAGAAAUACCGCUAUACCUAUUUUGACGCCAAAAAUUGAAUGUAAUUCCUUUCCGGAAACGUCACAGGCAUUACAGUUGGCAUACGCCGCAGAAGAGGAAAUCCCUACACCUUGGGUAGACGCAGGUGUGCUUAUAUCGAAACCAAUUAUACCAAUGGCGCCAGUCACCAAUGCUUGUGUAGCACUUCCCACCGAGGUGCCGAGCUUUGUAGAUUUACAACAGAACUAUGGUAAUUUCGGCAAGGCAGAAGUUGCAACUAUAAGCAACACCGGUUCUUUAUUGGACACUAGUACUUCAAUACUACCGGAAUCAACAGAUCCUUGCGACUACUUGGACAUUAGCAAUAAUGGCAACCUCUACAAACCAACACCAUUAGAUCUACCUAUAUCAGCGCCACCUCAAAUGCAAGCGAUGCCUAACAUGCAAAUGGAUAUCGAUAGUAGUAAUAGUAUCAAUGGAAUAGCAGAAAUAGCAAAUAAACUUGAGGAGACCGUCGUUAAUUCCUCAAUAAACGCAGAUCAAUCCAUGGAUAUGAUUCCAACCGAAGAGAGCAUUGAACAACUAUUGAAAGAGGAUAUGCAAUAUAAUAACGAUACAGAAGACAUGGAAACUGAGUCGUUACUAAAUGAAAUUUUAAUGACCAUCGAUAAUAAUGCACAUCUUCUGCAAGAGACAUUACAACAGGCAAAGCAGGUGCCCGAAGAUGCCUCAGGUUUAAUUGAAGUGGAUCUCAGGAGCGAUAAACCAACUUUGAAGCAAAUAACUGCUGAUGCUGGAAUUUGUGGUUGUACCAAUUGUAAAUGCGAUCAAACUCAGGACUGUCAAGGUGGUUGCAGCAAUGAAACACCAUGUAGCAAGGAAGGAAAUAAUAAACACAAAUGUUGCCAUAACCAUAAACCACAAAUGCAGCCGCAGCCACAAAACACUCAUAAUCAAAAAUUAGAAAGAAGCUUAACAGCUAAGCCUAAAACGAUUAAUCGCGGUAAGGAAUGUUGUCAAAAUAAAAAAGAACGGGCGUCGGCGAAGCGUGAAGCUGACAUAAAUCAAAAUAUCGAGGAUGUGGCAUUAUUGUUGCAAAACUUGGCUUCUAUGGGUAGUAGUACUGGUGGAGGUUGCUGUGGUGGCGAUAAGAAUACACCAAGACCUUGCGGUACAACCGACAUGUCCAAAACAACAAGCCAACAAAUGAGCUCAGUAGGCGGCAGUAGCAGCAGUUGUUGUGCAUCGAAGUCCCCUGCUGUAAAAGAUACAACGUCUUCAAAUGUAGACAAACCCCGUGCCCCACCCCCAAAAUCACUCAAAAGUUCUUCAUGCACAUGCAAAAGCCCCGCUGAAGGUGUUGCUAAUGGCUGUUGCGUUAUUAUAUGUACUAAAACUCUGCAGGCUUUGCGACGUGUACUGACACGAAAGAAUCUAAAUCUUAUGGUUUGUCCACAGAAUCAAAAUUGAAACGCCCGAUUUCAAAAUUUAUCUAUU